UUCAUUAAUUAAAGCAAAAAUUUUCGUUUGAUUCAUUCAGAUUUAUAUUUAACAAACAAGUUCACUAAUCUGCUCGAUAAAUGCUAUGGAAUGACUUUUUUUCACAUGCUUAUAUGUAAUAUAUUGAAUUUUCUGGAAGAAGAUCAAUGUGUAAUAUUAUUUUUGGGUUGAAAAGAUAAAGAAAAAAGUACAACUUGAAUUCAAGAUUUUUUUUUAAUAAAUUGUAACGAACAUUUCCAGUCUAUGAAUGUCAGAAUGGACAUCUUUACGACGAAAAAGAAUUGCAGUAUGGAUAUUGUUGUUGUUGGUGCUUGCUUUUGUGAUUUGCAAACGUAUGUUGAUAGUUACCCAACACCAGGAGAGACAAUACUUGGUAGGAAGUUUCAAAUGGACUUUGGUGGAAAGGGAGCGAACACUUGUGUUAUGGCUGCUAAACUUGGGGCCAAGACAAGCAUGGUUUCUGUAGUUGGUGAUGAUGUACUUGGAAAGGAAACACUUGCAAAUUUUGUCAAGUUUGGAGUAAACACUGAAUGUUUAGGAACGGCUACUGAAGUGGCUACAGCCAUGACAAAUUGUAUUGUUGACAACCAAGGUGAGCCAUCGUAUAUUAGUAUUCCUGGUGCAAGCAAGUAUGUUUCCCUGACGCAUAUCCAUAAUGCCAAGCAUGUCAUAGAACAAAGUAAAGUGUUGGUUACAAAUAAUGGUAUUCCAUCAUCUACAGCUUUGGAAGCUCUUAAAUUAGGCAAAAAAUGUGGUUGUAUCACUGUAUACAACCCUUCUCCAAUGAUUUAUGAAUUGCCUGAUGAACUGUGGGAAAAUGUCGACGUCCUAAUACUGAACAUGAAGGAAGCCUCUGUAUUGACUGGUUUAGAGGUGACAUCUAACUUUGGUUGUAAGGAAGCCUGUCAUUGGUUCCACAACAGAGGUAUUUUUUGUGUGAUUCUUACAAUGGGGGAUUGUGGAGCUAACAUCUCAUUCAAUGAUCUUGGAAAUUUUACAGGUAAUAUAGGCAAAAAUGAUUUUUGUCACGUGCCUGCACCUACAGUACAUGUGGUUGACUCGACUGGCGCAGGGGACUCUCUGACUGGGGCAUUUGCAUUCUAUAUCUCAUGCUAUCCACAUCUUCCCCUUCGCGAGGUCGUUUCUAGGUCCGUUGCCAUAGCAACAAAGACAGUCGAAAUGGAAGGCGUGCAAAAAAGUUAUCCCCCCCGUGAAUCAUUACCUCAGUAUUUGUUUGACUAAGAUGUGUACGUACGUAUGACUAUGCUUCCUUAUAAGGAAUGAAGAUUGAAUUAAUUUGCACAAAUUUGGUUCAACGGUGCAACGGUGGUGAUUUGGGACCGAACUAGAAAUGAAUAUUCCUUAACUUGACGAUCUUGUCGGUUAUUGCGUCAGACAUUUGGUGUUUAGGUGGUAAGAAGGAUCAUUUUACCACAAACUAUGAUGCAAAAGGGACUUUCGAGGGAUAAAGUGGUUUUUAUGAAUGAAAGUGGACAAAUUCGUAGAAAUAGUGAUUCUUUUGUAAACGGGCAACAUAUGUUUUCUUUAUCAAUUUGUCUUUGGAAAAAUAUAUAAAGAAAUAUCAAUGUG